AUGUGGUGCACAAGCAAAAUACUGUGGAUACUUACGGCUCUCUUUCAUACAGCCAACGCACAUCCAAUAAUAGAAGAAGAUGAAAAUGUGAACUUCGCUAAUUUCUCCAAGCUCAUUGAGAAAAUUCGCUUGGAGCGUGCCAUCGAAACGGUGGUGGUGUUUAAGGCCUUUCACGACCAGCAAUCCUGUUUGGGCGACGAUACUUUGCGCUCACUUCAGCGCUCAAAUAUCACCGUUAUACUGUUGAAUGCCACAUCCAGCUGCCAGCUGCAGGGCGCCGAUGUCAACAGCGAAUUGCUGGUAGCGCGUUGUGUCGCUGAGCCGAUCCAGCCACAUCUGUUGGAUCUGAUGGUCAGCUGCCUCGGAGUGGUGCGCGAUGUGCGCAUCCUCUUCAUAUGGAACGUCAAUUACGUAAAAGCGUCACCGGGAAGGCGCAACGAGCUGCGGCAGCAAUUGCGGCAACUUUUCGUGUACUGCGCCAGCAUGAAGUUGCUAAAUGUCAUAAGCGUGUACAGUGAUUUCGAAUCUGAGGGCCACUACUACACCUACAGCUACUUCCCGAGUUUCCAUUUAGAACGCAAGCAGCUGCAGAACGCUUGCUUUCCCAAUCGUUUGAAGGACAUGCAGGGCGCCGCUUUGCGCACGCUUCCCGACCAAAAUGAGCCGAGGUCAAUUGUGUGGCGCGAUCGUUGGGGUCGUCUGCAAAUCGGUGGCUAUAUGGUUAAAGUGAUUGAGACCUUUGCUGCACACCACAAUGCAACGAUUAGCUACCCGAAAUCGAUAGUGCCCGACGUCACUUAUGAGUACGAGGUGAUAUUCAGUAUGUUGCAGAAUGAAACGAUCGACUUUUUGAUGGGCUUGACCGGAAUCGGUUGGAAGUUGAAUGCGUCGCAGGUAUCAGCGCCGGUGAUCUCUAUGUUUUGGGCAACGAUGUUACCGCGCCCACCGAAACGACCGAUAAGGGACAUCUAUGUGCUCAUAUUUACAUCGGUUAUCGGCCUUAUUCUAUUGAUUUUGAUGCUGAUCUUCUCUUGUCUGCUCACUUGCGAGAGCAUGCGUUGGCGUCACAAUCGCCGUACAUGCAGCAACGCGUGCGGACUCUUUCUGUUCACGCUUAUGAAUGUCUCUUUGCGCAGCAUGCUGGGUCAGCCCACACACGUACACAUAACCGCCGCGUUCACGAAACGCUUCAUCUGUAUUCUACUAUUUGUGGCCGGUAUUUAUGUGAGCACCAUCAGUACCAGCUACUUGCAAACAUAUCUCACAAGCAGUCCCAAACUUCAGCGGGUCAACACAUUUGACGAGUUGUUGCGUGUGCCGACACGCGUUAAAAUUUCCCUAGCCGAAUACAACGCACUCGUAGAUUUCGUUGGUACUCGAUUUUUGGAGAAGUAUACGAGUGUAUUCCUGAUCACACCAUCCAUAAAUGAUUACUAUUAUGAGCGUAAAACUCUGAACACCCAUUUUGGCUAUACCGUUCCGCAAUCCUUGUGGAAGACGUUUGUGGAGUAUCAAAGAAGAUUGAGUGUAAACUUGUUCUACAUUAGCGAUCAGAUGAUCUUGGCUAAAAACAUACAAAUGGGCAUACCCAUGAGCCCUCAUUCCAUAUACCGGGGCAAACUGAAUGUGCUGAUCCAAAAUUUAAUAAGCGCCGGACUCGUGGAGUAUUGGGAAAAGCUGGCUUAUGGCGAUAUGGUGUCAGCAGGAAAGCUCAAUAAAACAAUUUCGACGCCUAACAACCUGGAGCACAGUCUAACUUUGGGGAAUCUCUAUUGGAUAUGGUGGCUGUAUGGUGUAGGAAUGUGUAUGGCGGUUGGGAUUUUUCUCAUAGAGCGAGGCGUUGGAAAAAAUCAGUAUUGA